AUGUAUCUCCUCGCCGAGUUCGUCAAAUCCAACAAAUUGAUAGCCGAUGCCCGUGGUCAUACUCCGUCUUCUGCCAAGGCCUACGAGCAAAUCCGCCAAUCCGUUCAGCGCUUCGAAACCCACGUUAAAACUCAUCUUGAUACAUACAACACCAUACACGAACGAGAGGCAUGGAUGCAUAAGCACCGCCUCCUGAUCGCCUUGGACCUCGAGGCAGCCAUCAAUCUCAAACAAUGGAACGACAUCCCCAACAUACUCGAGAGAGCCAGCACGAUCCUCGACGACCACCUCUGCUCAGUAUUCCUAGACUGCAUCCUCCGCUCUGGGGCGCCAGCUCCCAACAUCGCACAGGUCGUCAAGGAUAUGAUCUGCAUCUUCCACUCCUCACCCUCCCCAUCCUUCAGUGCUGGGGCCUUCCACCAGAAACUCCCCCGGUAUCUGCGUUGCCUGUUUCAAAUGGCCGUAGAGGCGAAAGACUACUCGUUGGCAGAGUCAGUCCAUCAGCAAGCUAUCGUCCUAGCUCGCGAUGGCUCAGCAGACGCAGACUUGCCGUUUAUAUACCCGAGCGACGAGCUCAAAUGGCUCGCAACAAUGGCUUUUAAUAGAGCGGUCGAUUUAUAUCUUGCCUCGGCUGAUGAGGACUGUCGAAGAUGGGGGGAGAUUGCGUUUACACUGGCUGGUUUCGUAAAGGAUGAUGGUGGUGCGCUGUUAAGAAUGCUGCGGCAGAACUACGCCAAACUUAUGUGA